UUCUCGAGUGACCUCGGAGCGUGAGGACGCUAUCCACUGAAGUGUUUGCAGGGUGUCAAACAAGAGUGUUACGUUAAGAUAAAUUUUUUACACAAGAGGCAACGAUUUCAACCUUGGUCAAAUUGUUGGAAAAUCGCCGAUCAGCUAAUACAACGAACAGUCAGCGAGCCAGAGUUUUGCUAAUCCGGCACGACGCUUCGGUCAAGUGAAAAAAUCCGCAGUAUUUGGGAAAAAUGGAAGAUUGGGUUUACGCAAGAUUCGACAGCGAUGGUCAGCGGAAUAUAUUUACGUUCAUGACCGAAGAUUCGUACAGAAUACAAUGCCUCACGUGGUGUGACAAGAUGCUGGAGGAAGCAAUCCACGAUACAUUUAAUAGAUAUAUCAUGGAGAGGCUUACCGAGGAGCAGUUCUGCGAGUUCAUUUCCUCUCGUGACUCUACAGAUCGUCGUAGUAUAAUCGAGAUGAUUCUAAGGCACGAACCCGGCCUCAAACAAUGGUUUCCAAUAGGAAAAUUUAGAAAACUCUCACUUCUGUGGAUUGCCAUUCUCUGCUCCUAUCACAAUGCAGCCGAGCUGCUCGUAUGCUUAGGUGCCGACGUGAACGAAAUCUUGCCGUUUUCAGAGUCGUACUUGAUACAUCAGAAUUCCAGCAUCCUCCACGUGCUGCUUCUGAUGUAUCCGUCCUUGCAGAACGAGCAGCUCAUCCGCUUGGUAGUAAGCCGCGGCGCCAAUUUGCAAGUUCGAGACGCCCUGGGCCAGACGCCUAUGCAUUUAGCAGUGGCAAAAGGCCGAGUCGCACUCAUUGAAUUGUUUCUCGCCAGUGGAGCCGACGUGAACGCCGCCGACGACAAAGGCUUGACUCCAUUGCUCAUCGCAGCAAGCAGCCCGGAAGCCGACAUAAUGCUGCCUAUGUUGUUGAGGCACGGAGCUAAUUUAAACGCUAAGGAUUCGGAAGGCAUGAACGUUCUGCACUGGCUGGCAUAUGGCCCUAAGGAAGGUAUCGUUAAUCUGGCCAGAUACUUUAUCAAAAAGGGCGUCUCUCUGGAGGACAGAGAAAAUACAAGCCAUCAUCAACCGAUACACAUAGCCGCUAGCGCGGGAAAUAUUCAGUUGCUCAACCUCUUUCUCAACUGCGGCGCAAACGUCAACGCCCAAUGCAAGAACGGCCAAAGUCCGAUGUACUUCGUAUUGAGACAUGUAGUAGAAGAAACGACGGGCGAGGCAAUGGUGAAAAUGUUGCUCAAACGGGGCGCGGACGUCAAUCAGAGAACGGCGACCGGCUGUACCGUGCUGCACGUUGCUUGUGAUAUGGCGGGGUCCACUUUAUUUGGGCCCGAUCGAUAUUACAAACGGCUAAAGAUGAUUCUGUCUGCCGGCGCAGAUAUCCUGGCCGAAGACGAGGAAGGCAACACGCCUUUCUCUUUUAUGGAGUCCUUCACCAUGCAGAAUAUAGGAUGUUCAUGGAGCAACAAAAUGAUGCUCAAAGCUCUCGCGAUUAAGAAGGUCCGGAGCGAGCCGUCCACCAUAUUGAAGGACGAGAGGAUAAUCGAGAAAUAUGAAAUGGUGUCGGAUUAUUAUCACGACUGUGUCGAGCGUGCGUAUGCGCUCAAGUUCACGAGAUUCAUUAAGACCUGCACAUUUCUCGAUUUCCUCACAAAAAAACGCUACAGGAUUGCCGAGCUCAUGAGACAUUGCGACUUUGUGCGUAAUUUCUUUAAAUACGAUUUUGACACUUUAUUCUCCAUGUACGCUGCUGACUUGUACGAAGCGAUGGAAAACGCGAAUAAUUUCCGUGACUCUAUAAUGAUCAAACAGGAGGACCUGCUCAACGAAGCUUUCAGCGAUACUUUGCCUGAUCUCAUUUUGCGGCGAAUAAAUGAUCACUUGUUUAGUGACUGCCAUGAAAUUAAUUCGAUUUACCACUAAAACAAUUGUACGUCACCCGACAAAAGGAAAAAUAGGCUUUUCCAGCUGUGAUAUUUUCGUCAAAAUUUAUUAUUAAUAAAAUGCAUUUUAUUUAAAUACAA